AUGGGAUCCGCUCUACCGGCGUUGCGCCACAACUCGUUCGGCCACUACCACGUGUCUGCCACCUUCGUGGUGCCGGAGGACCCGAAGCGGCCACAGGAGGCGUGGGGGCUGAAUCUCCGAGAGAUCCUGGAGGCUGUGGGAGACCAGUCGCAGGCCUGGGCGGCGCGCAUCCAGCCGGCGCUAGGCGCUUUUCACGAGUCGUUCGACUUCAAGCACCUGGGAGGCGACAAGAAGGAGUAA